UCUCUGACAUCUUGUGAUCACAAGACUCCUCCGUUUUGAGUUUUCUGUCAAGGUAGGAAUUGGAGGAAAAAAGGCCGUCCCAAUUGGGAUUAUUAGGUUCAGGAGCUCCAAUAGACCAAAAAUAUAUCUCCAAAAUGAGAUACUUUCUAACUUACCUGUUUGUGCUGCUGGUGGCGAUCGUGAUACCCAUAUUUUCUAUGUACUAUCUUCUCAAUGGAAAGGGUGAGCAAAUAAGUUUCGGAUGGUUCUUGGAGAAUACUUCCCCCUACAUGUGGGGAACCCUGGGUAUCGCCUUCGCCGUGGCGUUCUCGGUGGUCGGCGCAGCGAUGGGCAUCCACACGACCGGAGUGAGCAUAGUCGGAGGUGGUGUCAAGGCGCCUAGAAUUAAGACCAAGAACUUGAUUUCCGUCAUUUUCUGCGAAGCCGUGGCUAUUUAUGGACUCAUCACAGCCAUCGUACUGUCGGGAAUGUUGGAGAAAUACACGGAACCACUGUUGGAUAUCACCAUCAAGCAACAGAACUGGAUGGCUGGAUACGUGAUGUUCGGCGCAGGAUUGGCUGUGGGCUUAGUAAACCUGUUCUGCGGUAUCGCUGUCGGUAUCGUGGGCUCUGGUGCUGCCUUGGCUGAUGCUGCAAACGCAGCGCUGUUCGUCAAGAUCCUGAUCGUUGAGAUUUUCGGAUCCGCCAUUGGUCUUUUCGGCCUCAUCGUCGGCAUUUACAUGACGUCAAAAGUCAAAAUGGGCAACCAGUAACUUAAAGAGAACAUUAUAGGUAUUAUGUUGUACAAGAGCACUGGACCAUCUCGCCCCAACCUACAACAAAAUGACACCUAAUAUCAUCAGUGCUUGAAGCUAUAUUUAUAUAAGAAGCAAUUUUAAGCUUGAAUUACAUAUUUAAGUGUUGAACUUGUGUAUUUCUGAUAAUAUUGUUUUGUUGAUGUGAAACUUUUAAUGUAUUUAAUUUUUUAAAUAAUCUUGGUGGUUACUGUUUGUGUAAUAUUUGGUCUUAGCUCCCUAUAGCAAAUAUUUUUUCAUCUUAGCUGUUUCUAGAUAACAAUAUUGAGAUUAUGAACAAAAAAUAUGAAUAAGCUAAGACCCCAUAUUUGAGCAAACAGGUCUUGAUUGUAUUGGAGUGUUUCUAGACAACGUUAUAACAAAUAUACUUGUGUUGUUUAAACCAUAUCACAGUGCUAUAUUGAAAUGGCUAGAUAUACAGUGAUUUCUAUAGAUAUCUUCAUUAUAGUUCAUUUAUAUAAUAGUGUUCACUACUUGUAAAUUGAGGCACAAACACUGUUGUAUCUAUUCAUUUUAAAGCUUUAAACAUUCCAUGAAAUCUUAUUACAACUUGUGAAAGCUUGGAUUGGUAUAUAACUGUAUAUAAGUUUAUAUAACAGAUGACUCUGCAUAUUAUUUUUCCAACUAGACUCAAUGUCAUAAUAAUUAGACCUAUUUUUGAAAUAGUUUAUCUUGUUUCUAACUUCAGUGUUACAAAUGUGUCUAGUGGGAAAAAUUGCCUAUGAUUUUCGCGUGCGACCCAUAUACUCCUUUAUUUCUUUUUAUUGACUUCCACUUGUAAAUAUUAGUUUGCCUCCUCGUACUUUAAAAACACUAAUUUAUUGUAAAUUUAUAUUCACAAAAAUAUAUUAUAGGUGUCGACAUGAAUGCUGCUCGAUUGCAGAAAUCGUCUUGCAAAGCUCAAACCAUUUGGGCGUAUGAAAACAAAAUCGAAAAAGUAUUAAUAUCAGUCGAAAAACGAUUUACUGAUGUUUAUAAGUUAAACAUAUUUGUGCAAAUGUAGAUAUUAUGUAUGUUGAUGAAUAAAUAGCUAAAAGUUA